UUAGUAGGGUUUACGGACGCUGAAGGUAAUUUUAAUAUUAGUUUAAAAGGUUUACAGGGUAAUAAGUAUAAUAGUUUAAAUUUAACUUACCAAAUUACUCUGCAUAUAAAUGAUUUGUAUGUUUUAGAAUAUAUUAGAAACAGAUUAAAUUGUGGAAGUAUUUCUAAAUCAGGUGAUAAAUGUAAUUAUUUUGUAAAUGAUCAAAAAUCACUAAUAAAUGUUAUAGUACCUAUAUUUAAUUAUAGAGAAUUAAAGAGUUCUAAAUUCUUUCAAUAUUUGAAUUUUAAAAAAGCAGUUCAUCUAUUAAUAGAUAAAAACCAUUUAACUCUUAAAGGUAAAAUAGAUAUCUUACAAUACUAUCAUGAUAUGAAACUUAUAAAUCAAAACUCUAAAGCUAGAGAAAAUAUGAUUAUAGAUGAGUACUGA